AUGGGCUGCGCGGCGUCUGUACAGGUUAUCGCGCCGGCUGCCAUCGACUUCCACCCCAUCGAGCCAACCGCCUCGGACGUGGAACGUCGAGAGAACCACUUUGAGGAGGCGAACCGCCUCCCCAACCAAUGCCACGCGCCGGGAGCUCCGAGAGCCCCGGAGCCCGAGGAAGAGCCAGUCGAAGGAUCGCCAUGGGAGCGCGUGGGCACAAACGACACCGACGUCACGGGGCAGGUGUCCGUCAAGGUCAUACCCUCCAGCAGAUCGAUGGCGGCCAUCGCUCGAGGCAAGGUCCUUCUGGACUUCGAGCCGCAGCAGGCAAGAUCGUUCACCUCCAUUGAUUCGAGAAAGAAUCGCCACUUGUGCGAGGAGGAGGUCGGACGUGUAGACAGCUUCCUGCACGACAUCAAGCAACAUCCAAAGAUAUUCCAGACGCGCGUGAACACCAGGCGCAAGUUCAUGGCAAUUCUCGCAAACCGCCGGGUGGAAGCCUCGAAGUCCAAGCCGAUAUUCUGA